UUUUGUCAGGCAAUACUUCCAUUGGAAAGGAAUAGUUUCCAAAACAGCCAUGAAACCUCCAGGAGAUGAAGAGAAUCAGCGGCUGGGCACACUGCUGCUCAACACCCUUGCAAGAGAAAUGCGUCUCUGGAGGGCCCCAGUCCUUAAGAACGGUUGCAUUCAGGGUUCAGACAUCAGCCCGUCUCAGUACCACGAGACGAUCGCGUGGCUGCAUGAAAUGAGCGGCCUUUUCCAGUUUUCCUCCGAGACGUUUGCUUUGGGAGUCUGUGUUCUGAACAGCCUGCUUGCAGCAGUCAAAACUCAGCUGAAAUAUCUCAAAUGCAUGGCCAUCACCUCUCUGAUCCUCGCUGCAAAGAUCAACGAGGAAGACGAGGCAAGAUAUACCCAAGUGUAACAACAACAGAGACUCCCCACACAGUG